UGUGAAUCUAGUCGUGCUAACAGCGUUAGCAGCUAACAGUGGACCGUUGAAGAUGAGCUCUGUGAGCCACCUUCCAUAACCAGACUCCGUUAAGGAAACGUUCAAUUUAUCAUCUCCCUCUGCACCACAGCGCGAAUAUUUAAAAUGAAUGCAUUAAAUAAAUACUUUUUUUUUAGACUCAGUCUGCACUGUAAAUCAAUAGAGCGAACAAUCGACUAGUAGUUGUUUCCACCCACCUAAUCUUUUUUGUUUCUAUAGCGUGAACUCACACUGUACAUCCUCUCACUCUCUGUACAUACAGUAGUGAGACAGAAACCUUGACAACAGGGGUUUCAAACUCAUUUAACAGUCGGUUAUGUAUAUACAACGACAAUGUUAUUUAUACAAGCAGCAGCAGAGACUGUUGUGUGUGAGUGAGUGUAAGUUCCUCCAGCAGCCUAACUAAGAUAUGCUCUAACUACAAGGUUUACCCAAAAGGACGGCUUUAAGUCUAGAUUUAAAUAGAGAGAGGCUCCGCCUCCUAAAGUGACAUGUGUACCACGGGCUUUACAGACUCUGGGAUUCACAAGUAAGCCUGUAUUUGGGACUGGACUGAUCUGUCUCUGGGGUGAUAAGGUGACAUCACUUCCUGUUUGUCCCGUGGACCGUGGCCGUGAUGGCACGUGACGAGAAGAGCCGAGGCGCGGUGGCCGUGGUCCUCCUCAUAGUGAGUAUGUUGGGCUGCGGUUCUUCGUCUGAAUCGGACCGCGGCACGUCCACCCCCGAGGUGACCCGCUUGGUGUCGGCCGUGGUCGACCCACAGAGGGCGGAGCAGAGCCAGAGACGACACCUGGAGGCGCUGUUCAACAGGUAUGGAGAAAACGGCAGCAUCUCUCUGGACGGGUUAAAGCGUCUGCUGCAGAGCGUGGGGCUGGAUCGCAUCAGGACUGUGAUGGUGCAGCAUCACGAGCAGCUGGACCACCACCACGGCCACCAUCUCCACGACAACAACUCACACGACCACAAACUCGUCCACAGUGAAGCCUUGCAACCGGAAAAAUUCCAGAAGAAUCAAGACGAUCGAGGCGGCACGCGGGGUAAGAAACAGGAGAACCCAGAAAACCAGCAGAACCUAUACCUCAAGAAGACCACGGCGGUGCAGGAGGUCGGCACCGCGGCGGUGUACAGCGCUCAGCUGUUGGCGAAACAAGGGGGCCCAGGACAGCACAGUGCUGCCGGAGACCAAACAACCAGAGCUGCUGUUACCAGGGCGACGGUGACUGAGGCUGCUGCAGUCAGCAGAGGAGACGACCACGAUCACAGCCAAGACCCUGACCAUGAUCAUGUGAAUGGCAGCAUAGCAAGUGCAGAGUGCCUGAACGCCUACAGACUCCUUUCAUCACAUGGGAUGUCUCAGGAAGUGGGCAUGGCCCUAGGAGACUUCAGCUACCUUUGCCCCGCCCUCCUCAACCAGAUUGAUGCUGGGGCGUGCAUCGUACACGCACACACGCUGAAAGACGGCAAACAUCACAAACACGCUCAUGGUCACCAUGGUGACCACAACCACUCGGACCAUGACCACAGCGAGCGCACAGCUGUGGAAAAGAACAUCGCAACAGCGUGGAUCGGUGGCUUCAUCUCCAUCACCAUCAUUAGUCUGCUCUCGCUCCUCGGCGUCGUCCUCAUCCCGCUCAUGAACAGAGUUUUCUUCAAGUUCCUCCUCAGCUUCCUGGUGGCGCUGGCAGUCGGUACGCUGAGUGGCGACGCCUUCCUUCAUCUCAUCCCACACUCUCAGGGAGGACACCAUCAUCACCACAACGAGGACUUUGAGACAAACUUGGAGGAGCAUCAUCUCCAUGGCGAGGAGGACGGAGACCUGGAUGCCGUGUGGAAGGGCGUGACGGCUCUGGGUGGAGUCUACUUCAUGUUUCUCAUCGAACACUUUCUGACGUUGGGAAAAAUGUAUAAGGACAAGAAACAGAAGGUCCAGAAGAAGUGGGAAAACAACGCUGUGGAGAAGCAGACGACACUGGGUGAGAACGACCUGAAGUCAGCUGAUGACGUGGAGACAAAUGGCGCCGGGACAUUUGGCGACCACCCCAGCACUCUGCACGACGGCAGCGUGGCGGAGGAAGAGCAGGUGAUGCUGGCGCCUCCGGUUGCCGUGGUCUCGUCACCGGGUUACGGCCGGGCAUCGGGAAGUGCUGCCACCGCCGUCACCUACACGGACGAGGACUGUGAAAACAAGUGCCACUCCCACUUCCAUGACACGGUGGGCCAGGCCGACAGCAUGCACCACCACCACCACGACUACCACCACAUCCUGCACCAUCAUCACUCACAGAACCACCACCCGCACAGCCAUGCCCACUCCUACUCGGAGCAGCACUUCCAGCAGGCGGGCGUGGCCGCGCUCGCCUGGAUGGUCAUCAUGGGAGACGGACUGCACAACUUCAGCGACGGCCUGGCUAUCGGGGCGGCGUUCACAGAGGGUCUGUCCAGCGGCCUCAGCACGUCCGUGGCCGUCUUCUGUCACGAGCUGCCUCAUGAGUUAGGUGACUUUGCAGUGCUGCUUAAGGCCGGCAUGACGGUGCGUCAGGCCAUCCUGUACAAUGUGCUGUCGGCCAUGAUGGCAUUCCUGGGCAUGAUCACCGGUAUCCUGAUUGGACACUACGCCGCAAACAUCUCCAUGUGGAUAUUUGCACUCACAGCUGGUCUCUUCAUGUACGUGGCUCUGGUGGACAUGGUUCCAGAGAUGUUACAUAACGAUGCUGGCGACCACGGCUUCAGUCACUGUGGCUUCUUCCUGCUGCAGAAUGCCGGCAUCCUGCUGGGCUUCUGCAUCAUGCUGCUCAUCGCCAUCUUUGAGCACAAAAUCCAGCUGGACCUGGGAUACUGAGGGGGAGGGGCAGGGGGCGGAGUUUGGCGCUUUGUGUGAGUGUCGGGUUGCGUUUUUCUUUAGGUCACUUGUUUUUUUCCCAAACGUGAAGUUAAGUCGUGGUAGGCGUGUGAAAAGAAUGAAGGAUUACCCAAUUAUGUUCAGCUUCGUGUACGACAGAUUCUGAAACCCGAUCCAUGCUCCUGUCACUCAUCAAAUGGUGCGUUUUCCUUGAUCGUAAAUAAAUGAUAUAAAAAUCACAGCUUUUAGGUCAGGCCUCAGAAUCCUAGAAAUUCAGUUUCUAAUAUUUUAUUUUCCAGAUUUAUGUCAAAGCUAAAAGUAUCCGUACUUGUCUCUCAUACUCUGUUUAGGAUUAUAUCUCAAGUGAUGUAAUUCUCAUACAUUUCAAAAAGAUUGCAUCAAUCCCUUCAGUUUUUAAAAUUCUACCUUGAUCAAAGACGUUUACAAGACGCGAUAUUGCUAGGAUUUAGUAACGUGGAUUAAUACGCGGUGACAUUCACACACACACGUGAAGCAACUGUGAAACACAUGGGAAAUGUUAGUGAAAGUUAAUUAUUAUGAGUUUUAUUAACACUUUUUGUUACAGAUAGAUUUUUAUAAAGUUAGUUUGGACAAUGCACAACAUCUGAUGCCUGGAGACACAAGGAAAGAUUUUAGGCACUUAAUCAUAGUCUACCAUUUCUACAUCACAUGAUCACGUCUUUAUCUCACUGUGAGACAGACUUUUCCAACAGGAAACUGAAGUUUGUAAACCACUCACUCUCCCACACCAAAGUCUCACACACAUCACACACACAGGAGUUGUUGAUCCACUGUUGCCUCCAUCACUAAGUUCUAACGUCUUCUUUUGUCAAUUCGGCAUUUUUAGAAUCAUACAUUCAGAUUGACUUCAGUGACACAAAGUGACCACACGAGGCAGCAGAGGACCAGCAGCUCCUGUGUCCCUGUGAGCUAAGAUCACUGAUUUUCCCUGGUGAGGGAGAGUUAGUGGUAAGAUAUUGUAGACUGACAUAGAUUUUACGUCUUUUCCUUUGUUUCUGUGUCAGGAUCUCAUAAAAACCCCCACAGAAUUUGCAAACUAUUCCUUUAAAGCUCCGCAAGUAUUUCUUUUUUCGGCACCUCAGCGCUAACUAACGCUUUGUCAACAGUUUCAUGUCACGUUUAGGUCAAAGUUCAUGCGGACAUGGACCUCUUUCUGUAUGUUACAUGUACAUUAUUAUCAUACAUGUUUGGGGUUUUGUGUGUGGGUGGGGAAAAAAGUGUUAAUCAAAUCACGUCAAGACUCUGCGCUAAAUAUUUUAUUAAUUGUCAUUUGUCUCAUUGUGUCUGUCGCUGCGUCGGAAUCUUGUUUCGAAUUUCCACCUCAAGUGGCUUUUACGAAAUUCACGCAAAAUUUUUAAAUCAUUUAAAACCUUGUGAAUUUAGCCUCCGCUAAUGUUACCGAUGUGAACACGACGUACACUUGUGUGCCUAAUGCUAAGGUGGAAUAUUGUGAAGUGCGUACAUUUAUCUUGAUGUAAAUGUAACUGGAUCUUUGUGUUAAUUUGCGUUACUCAAGUAAACUAAUGCUAAGCUAACUACCUUCAUAGUAAACAAAAUGCGAUUGUAAUGCAUGUUUUCCGAUGUUUCCACGUAGUUUCACUUCCUUGCUCACUUCCUGCCCGACCCUCUUCUUCCUAACACAUCAAUAACUGUACCUUUAAAGAAUCGCAGUUCCCGUUAGCUUUAGCUACGUGAACAUUUUUUAUUAAGACGCUUUUUAUUAAGCGUCUUUAUUCCACUCGAUGCUAGCAUCCAUCUAUUCUUUUGUUCGUAGUCUUGUUGCCUAAACCGUGUGUCUGAUGCUAAGCUAACUACCUACCGGCAUUGCCUCGGAUGUUCCAGCGCUCGAGACAUUAACUUUUGCGUAAGAACUUUGAAUGACAGACUUGUCGCAGAGUGAACAGCCGAUCAGUAAAAAUGGAGGAAAAUCACUGGCAGCUUUAAACGUGUUGCGUGAUUCAUCGCUGUGAGUUGAAACUGUUGUCAUGGAAACAUUUACACUUUAAACAGCAAAAAAAGGUCAAAUUUGUUUUAUUUUUGGUUUUUAAUCACAAACUUGUUACAUGUUUAUCAGGGAAAAAAGAGAAAAUAUUGCGAUAAAUGUUUCGUCAUGCUGUUGUUUUUUACAGAAACAAAUUCUUAAGAAAAAUGUCAACGCAAAUGUGUUUUUUUUUUCAAGUUAUUGAUUUUAUUUUGAAAAACUUUCAAGUGUUUGUUUCUCUGAGUGUUUGUCGUUGGUCUUUUGUCGUCUAUCGUCCAUCCUUCACUACAUUCCUGAAUACAUGAACUCCAUGAAAAUAAAGCUGCUGCUCUUUUUCUCUCCACUAA